CUUGUUACGUCAUCAAAAUGCGACUAUUGUCGCACGUAUAUAUAAACAAAAAAACUAAUAUCUUUAUUUUGUUCCUCGUAGAGAAAUAUAUUGACUAAUCACAUCACAUUAAGGAAUGGGUCUUGAUUUACAAAUUGUGCCUUCGCCAAUCAAAAAGGGGGAUGACAAGGGUAAGCAAAGAGGUAAACGGAAACCAGCCGCCUCAAAAGAUGGGGCUGAAAAAGAUCAGGGCAAAGUGAAGAGCCAAACACGCCGCGCUGGUUCAAGUGGGAGCAGCAGUUCAAGUUCCAGUAGCGGCUCGGGUUCAAGUUCCAGCUCAUCCACAAGCUCCUCCGGUUCUUCGAGCUCCAGUUCAUCCUCAUCGUCGUCGUCCUCGCCAAGCCCCAACCGACAACGACAAAACAGACGGCGCUCCCCCUCAAAGUCCAAAGUGGUCAAGAAAGACGAUCGGGUUCGCGACCGGCGACGGAGAAGUCCCGCUUCAAAAUCUACCAAGGUCUACCUGGGCCGGCUGACAAGAAAUGUCGUCAAGGAACAUGUCCAGGAGAUUUUCUCCACCUACGGCAAGAUCAAGAUGAUUGACAUGCCCAUGAACCGGAUUCACCCUCAUCUGUCGAAGGGCUACGCCUACAUCGAGUUUGAGACCCCCGAGGAAGCGGAGAAGGCACUCAAACACAUGGAUGGAGGGCAGAUUGACGGUCAGGAGAUUACAGUUAUAGCCGUCCUGACUCCGACAGUGCGGCCCCCACCUCGGAGGAUUUCGCCUCCCCGCAGAAUGCCACCUCCACCCCCGAUGUGGCGACGAUCUCCGCCUCGAAUGAGGAGGAGGUCUCCCCGGUCGCCAAGGCGACGCUCUCCAGUGCGGCGUAGGUCUCGAUCACCUGUCCGCCGUCGCCACCAGUCCCGGUCCAGUUCCAACUCAUCCCGCUAAAUACCCCCCUUCUCCAAAAAAACCCCAAAAAAUAAGUAAGGAAUUUUGUUGUGUGAAUGCUGAGAGGCGAGCAGCAAUAAGAAAAUUGCUUGUCAAGUUUUUCUUUUCUUUAAUUUUUUCAAUUGUUAAAAAGAUCAACGGAAAAAUCUUUAACUGCAUAUCAUCGAGUUAAAGCACUUAUAAAAUGUACAAUCUGAUUGAGACACACUUGUGGACCGUAUCAACCAUUUUAGAAAUCCUAUUUUGUUGGCUCCCACUUCAUUUGUUCUUUAUGGAAUUGUCAUCUUUUGUCGCCCUCUAGUGGACAGUUGCACUCAUUUAAUUUGACAUUUUGUGCGACUAAUCUUAAUUUGUCAAACAUUGGAGUGUUUUUCUAUUGUACUUUUGCAUGGAGAUGGUCACAAAUGUCAUGUGGCUAAGUAUCUAUCUUGACUUUUUUAUUUUGAUAUUCAUUUGUUUGUAUUCUAAGACUAACUACUGAAAUGUAAAUCAAUCAAUUGUUGAAAAUUGACAGGUCUAUGCAUGCUUACCAGAUUUAAGUUUUUUGAAGUAUAUUGGGAGUGAAUGUUUUCAGUAUUAGCAGACAGGUACAAUUUGUGUAACCUAAGAUUGUCCUUUCUAGUUUGUAUAAGUGCAUCUUUUUUUUAAACUUUGCAACAACAACACAA